ACAACUCAAAAAUCAGAAUCAAGCCAGACAGUUCUCCUCCCAACAAAACAGUUUGCAAAAAUCUCCUAAGCAACAAAGGAUUAUUGUGUUUAGGAAUAAACUGGGAUACUAUUCAUCGAACACACAUAUCUACAAGAAAAUAGAUACAGUUCGCGGACGACAAAGGUUCGAUAUUAAGGAUUCCGGCAGUGAGGCGUAUUAAAUUUUUGAGAUGGCUGAGAUGAAAUCUGAAAUCGACAGCGACGGAGAACAGAACUAUUCUCUUGGUAGCAAUGUCGAUCCGAAGAAUAUGCAGGAACUGACGAUCUACGUUCAAAGUUUGCUGCAGAAUGUCCAGGACAAGUUCCAGACGAUGUCGGAUCAAAUCAUAACACGCAUCGAUGACAUGGGUUCCAGGAUAGACGAUCUUGAAAAGAGUAUUGCAGAUCUGAUGCAGCAGGCGGGCGUAGAAGGUUCCGAGAAGUAGAAGGCCAUUAAAAUCAUUGCAGCAGCAGGAAGUAAGUCAUAUUCCCAAUCAGCCCAACUCAUGGGUGGAAGCAAAAUAUGUAAUGCUUAUACGCACUUACGUUUAACGGUACACAUUAGUGAUUUGAUUUAAACAAAUAUAUUGAGGAAAUGUGACUCUCAUGGAUAUUCACACAUUUCUUUACAAAAGCGAAAAUUAUAUAUAUCUCGGUACGACUAGGUAUAAAUAUAAUUAACGCAGCAUUGAAGAUACAACACAUUUUUAUUAGUAUUUCCUUGGAAACAAAACAACAUAUGUAAAACCAUCACUAUCAUAAGCGAAGUAAACCAAAAAAAAGGACAUACAAAUUUAAAUAUAAAGCACAAUAAUUCA